UAUGAAUGAUGAUUUUGAUAAUAUUGCUUUCAUCCCAAAUUAAAUCGCAGAAUAGGCUUUCUAAAAAGGAGUAACAGAAGGAAAAGCUAAAGUUGACGCCAAUAUAUACAACGAUUCAUACACGAAGGGAUGGAAUAAAGGAGCUAUUGUGGGCAUGAUUGAAUCCCAAAUCUCAGUUUUGAAAAUCAUUGAUCCUACCAUCGAAACUCAAAAAUAUGAAGAACAACUAAAAAAUUUAGAAAAAAUCGAGGACCUAAUCAAUUUAAGGAAAGCCCUAACAAAGCUGCAUCCAUUAAAAGGACUAAUAUAAUUAAAAAAGCAAAGUUUGGAUUUCUGAUAAUUUAUAAUCA